GAUGAUGGCUGCUGAAUGGAAAUAUUUGACCGAAGAAAAGGCUAAGAAUCUCAAGGCCUAUUCAGAUUCUUUGAUCAAAGAACUAUUUUUAACCGAUUACAAUGAGGACCCAACUGCUCUCUUUGAUCUCUUUUACGAAUUUCUUUAUUCCAUUAGAAAUUUCGAUCGCUUGAAUUUGACCAGUGCAAUUGUUGUUCUAGAGAAAAUUUUUAAAUACCAUGAUGAUCCAAAAAAAACUGAGCUGAUUUCUCUAUUAUUCAUCAAUGUCUUGAAUUUGUUCCCUCCAAACCAAAGCUUAUCCUCAUUUCUUGCAAAGCUCUCAAUAAAUGAUAAAUUACUAGCAAUUCAUCUAACUUCUGAAUAUUACAGUAGCACUUAUAACAUAAACCUCAAUAAAGUGAAAAGGCAGGAGUCUGUUAUCUUGAGAGAUCAAUAUAUCCAAAAAAGAUAUAAUUUAUUACACGAAUGUUCUGAAGGUUAUUCAAAAUUGAUUGUUGAAUUAUAUGAAGCAAUUUCUUCAGAUGAUGCUCCUUACAUGGUGGAUUACACUUGGAGAGUUAUUGAAUCUUUAAUUGGCCACUUCAGCUUGGAUCCUAAUAGGGUUCUUGAUAUUAUAUUGGACUUGUAUAUUAAUAACAUUUUAAAAAACUAUCAUUUUUGUAUAGAACUUUUGAAAAGAUCUUCUUGGUGGCCACUAGUUCCCUCUGAUAUAUCAUGCAUCGAGAAUCUUUCAACCGGUGGUUGUGAUAUUGCUGCUCAACUUAUUGGUUUUAAACUAAACAAUUAUCUUUUUCUUGGAAGAGAUAUGCCAGAAACCUUUAAAUGUUUAAUUGCUGUUUUGAUAAAAGAAGGUUUUAUAAGUUUCGGUGCAAUUUACUCUUAUUUAAGUCCCAAUGAUGAGGCAAUGAAAAAAAUAGAAUCUCAAUAUAAAGCAUACAUGGAAGAUAAAUCCUUUAAAGCUGGCGCAUCCUUACUUGCUUUGGCUGCUCCCUUGAAUGACGAAGAAGCAGACUCUUCUAAUAAAACAUCAAGAAACGAUUCAAGAGGCAGAGAAAAGAACAAAGAGCCAAAAGAUCCGUACAGAGAAAUUAUUGAUUCUUUGAAAACAAAUAAUAAAUAUCAGUUAUUAAAAGUCUUUUUAAUGUGCGGACUUUAUUGGCCUUCAAUAUUUAUACUAGCUAAAUAUCCCUUUUUACCUAAAAUUGAUCCUGAAAUUGCUUCUGCUAUUCAUCGUUUGAUGAAUCAAUCAAUUAAACCUUUAUAUGAAAAAGUUCAUUCAAUUCAAGAUAAAGAUUUAAUUCAAAAACUCUUGGUUCCUAAAAGAGUUGCAUUCACUAGAUCUGAUGACGGUAUUGAAUAUGAAGACUACCUAAUAACUACAAUCGAGGUAUUUUCUUUGCAAAAAUCUCACACAAAUAAAAAAUUUGUAUAUUUCUAUCAUGAAUGGAAUAAAAAAAUCCCUGAAAUCAAAACUAUUGAAGAUUUAUUUGUUGUUUGCAACGAAUUUUUAUCAUUUUCUAGUGUCAACUUAUACAAGGAUGUUGAACUCAUGACUAAAUUAGUUAGAAUUGGUUUAUAUGACUUAAACAACACGCCAAAAGAUGAUUAUCACUCAAAAUUAAAUAAGUGGUUUGAUUUUUUUAGAAAAUUCAUAUUUCCUGCCAUGCCACUUAUAAAAGAAAACCCUUGCACUAUUCAAGAAAUAUUCAAAUUAAUGGCAAAAUUCCCACUUGAUAAAAGAUUUUCUUUAUAUGGAGGAAUAAAUUCAACUUUAAGGAAAAAAGAUUUAGAUAUUAAAAUUGCUUGCAAUGCAGCCGAAAAAGAAACUAAAGAUGUUCUUAAAAGAUUGUCAAAGACAAAUUUCCACCCAAUGAUGAGAAGAUUAGCAAAAAUUUCUUACGCUAAUCCUUUAUCUUGUUUUGAGGUUAUUGUAACUCAAAUUGAGAGUUACGACAACCUAAUAGACCUAAUUGUUGAUGCUGCCAGAUAUUUCACUGAUUAUGGUUAUGAUGUUUUAACUUUUGUAUUAUUGAUCAGAUUGACUUCCAACAGAAAUUCAAUUCAGGAUGAUGGUAUAAAUGAUAGACAAUGGCUUCAGUCUUUAGUUACUUUUAUUGGAAAAUUAUGCCAAAGAUAUGCCAAAGUGGAUUUAAAAACUCUUUACACAUUUAUAUUAAAGAAAUUUCAUUCUGGUGAUAACACUGGUAUAGUUAUCUUUAAAGAGAUGGUAAACUACAUGAGUGGGAUUAAACACAUUUCUAAUCUUACUUUGCUGCAAAUUGAAUAUUUAGGAUGUGGUCCUUGUUUGCAAAAUAUUGUGUUUAGCAAUAUUCAAGACAAUAGAAAUAUAUCUAAAAGAUCAGGACUAAGAUUAUUAAACAAUUUGAUUGAACUUGAUGCCAUAAGCGAGUUAUUUAUUUUACUAACUAAUUACCACAAGACUCAAAUAUUCGAAAAUGAAAACCUUCAUUACAAAAUUUUGGCCAAUAGAAAUGAUGAAACCAGUUCCUUACUCCACAGUUACUUGUCUUCUAUUAAUUAUUUUUUGCAUACUAAACAAAUAGAAAGUUAUAUUAUGCCUUUAAGCACAUUAAUUUCAGUAUUUGGUGUCAGCACUGAAUGGGCCUUUGAGUUAUGGAGAAAGAGUCUUUCCAAAUCCAUUCAAAGAGAAUUUCAAGAGGAAGAGCUAAAUGAGCAUAAACCUUGGACAAAAACUUUAUACCCAAUAAUGAAGAUGAUAAAACUGAAUAUAUCUUUGGUGAAUUGGGAUGUUAUGGAAGUUGGUUUCUAUACCACAUUUUGGCAAUUAUCUCUCUAUGAUAUAAAUUUUCCUUCGGAUAAAUAUAAAAUGGAACAAAAACAUAUUAAAGAUUCCAUAAGUGGAUUAACUGAUGACAUGAAUAAUUUGAAAAAUGAUCCAGAAGCCACUCUCUUUUCAAUAGACGCCAAAAAGAAGUUGAAAGAAGAGUAUGAAAGAAUUUUGGAGGAGUUUCCAGAUAGUAUGCUCAAACAUGAAAUUCACUAUAAAUUUUCUAUGAAAAGAAUUGAAAACGAAAAAGAUAGUUGGUUUAAAAAUAAUACCGGUGAGUCAGAUGAAGUUACAUUAACAAAUAAAACUGAUGAAUUUCUUGAGUCUUGUAUCCUCCCUCGUAGUAUUCACUCUUUACUUGAUGCAUUAUUCUGCGCAAAGUUUUUAAAAUUAUUAUUGUCUUUAGGGUUCAGAAAAUUCUACUUAGGAGUGUUAAAAGUGUUGUUUAAAGGGAUCAUUUCUUGUUCUUUAUUUACAUUUACUCCUGAUGAGGCCGAAAAUUUUGGAAUCUUUUAUUCCGAAAUUUUCCAAUCUUUAGAUAAUUGGAGAAAUAAAGAAAACUUUGAAAAGGAAUUUGGAAAAAUUUCUAAUGAUGAAAGUUCGACCAGUCAUCAGGAAUUCCUUAAAAAUUUGUUGGAAAUUCAUACUCUAUCUUUGAGGGAUAUAAGUGUUGCUCUUGAAACUGAUGAUUAUAUGUAUCGUCGAAAUGCUAUAACUUUCCUUAAAAAUGUCAUUACGGUUUAUCCUGUUAUUGAGGAUCAUUGUGAAAAAUUACUUUAUUUGAUUGAAACUAUUGCUCAGGAUGAAAGAGAAGAUAUUAAAUUGGCAGCAAAUGCGUUAAUUGUCCUUAUCAGAUCUCGUGAAAAAAAAUGUAUUCAUAUGUUGGAAUCUUAUGAAAUGGAUAAGGCGGAUGAAGGGCAACAAAAAGUUAAGAGAAAGAUUCUGAAAGAUUCUCUAGUUAGCUCCAAAAAGACAGAAGCUAAGUUUCCAACUGGUCCUAAAUCAUCCUCUAUAGUUUCCAGAUCAUCUUCGCGAUUAUCCCAAAAUGAGGCAAAAGAACCCCUGAAAAAAUAUAUGGAUGUUAUGUUGCAAACUGUUAAUAAAGAAAAAAAAGAAAAUUUGGUUAGUCCACCUGCUAAAUCAGUUUUGAAAAUAAAACCAGAAGAUAAGGAAGCAGCUGAAAAACCAUUGUCUAAUGUACCGAAAUCAGAAAGCCCUACUGAACUAAAGAAGGUCAAACUGUCUAGUACAUUGCUGGAUAUUCCAGCAAAUACAGCUUCCAUAAUACCUUCAGAGAACGAGGAAACAAAGGAUAAUGUUUUAACUACUGAAAAGAAUUCACCGCUUGAAGUUGUUGAGGGUGGGGAUACCAGUGAGAAAAAAACUCAACCAUUGCCCAACAAUGCUAAAAAACAACCAGAUCAUCAGCCUAGAAUUACAAAACCAAGCAGUAGUUAUAAUCGAAACAGAACUCCAGCAAAAGGAGAAAGAAAUCCUGGUGGUUACUCACAAAACUAUCAAAGAUCCUCUAGUUAUGGAAGCAGAUACGAUAGUGGAGGUCGCCCGAGCCGUGGAAGAGGAAACCGAAGAUAUAACCAUUAAUUUUAUUUAUAUAUGUUUCAAAUUAUACUGAUAAAAGAAACGUGUAUAUGCAUUUCUCAAAAUAAUUUUUUACGAUUUAUUUUUUAUACAUUUUUAAUAAAAUCAUUUCAGCCGGAUC